UUGUGUUGGAUGGAUGGAAGGAUUGCAACGUCUUUCAGUGAUGUUGUCAUCUGUUUUCAGCUCGUUGUGCAAUGGGAAUCUAGACUCUAUAUUUAGGCUAAGUUCAAUGGUGUUGUAGCGUAUUAUAUAGAUCAAACUGUUGAUUGAUCGGACUCAGUGUCAGCGAUUCCAAGGUUUAUACACUGGGAGAUGAAUGUAAUCUGAGUGAAAUGGAAGGUUCAAAGUCUUCACCUAAAAGGGGAACCCGCAGUUUGACUGCUCACUAUUCAGCAUGUUUGUUACAUGAUGCAGCCAUAGAGGAAAAACUGCAGGGUCUAACUAUAGCGUCAUGCAACUCUGGCCAAGGAGAGAGGAAUGAGCAUCCUGGAGAGCCUGUUACAGGUGGGGACCAGGUGCCCUUCCUUCCAGAGAAAUUGGUGGUUCCAGAUGUGAUGUCUUGCAACUGCUGUAAGGUCUCCUUCACAGAUAGAGAAGAUCAACUGAGUCAUUACAAAAGCGACUGGCACAGGUAUAAUUUGCACAGAAGACUUACAGGACAACCAUUUGUGACAGAAGACACGUUUGAGGAAAUUGCGGGAGAUGUGUCCAGUAUUUCGGGGUCUGAUGAGGAUGAUGAUGACGCAGAUGCUGUUUUAAGGGAAACGACUAAUGUUAUUCCCCAUCAAGACUCAGGAAUGGACCUCACAUCUAGCCCCAUAGUAAAUGAAAGAAAGUUCCAUAAAAUUUUCUUCAAGAAUGCACUUGGGGAGCGGAUCUCUGUUUAUCGUUGCUUGCUUCACCACAAAAAGGAUCCUGUGACAGACCCAACAGAGCUAGUGAAAACAGUGACUAAACUUCCAAAGCAGACAAAAUGGAUCAUACUAAUGGUCUCAGCUGGACAUUUUGCAGGAGCUGUUUUUCACGGGAAACAAGUCAUAGAACACAAAACAUUCCAUCGCUACACAGUCCGAGCAAAGAGAGGGACUGCACAGUCAAGCAGGGACAAACAAGGGAAUGCACCAAAGAGUGCUGGAGCGAGACUGAGGCGCUACAAUGAGGCAGCCUUAUCCCAGGAAAUUCAAGAACUCAUGAGUUCCUGGUCUGAGCAUUUGGCAAGUUGCCAUUUGAUCUUUGUGAGAAUCCCCACAAAUAACAGGGCAAUGUUUUAUGGGGGCAAGAAUCCAAUUCUGAAAAAGGAAGAUCAGCGUAUCAGAAUUAUUCCCUUCGCCACUCGAAGACCUACUUUCAGUGAAGCAAAGCGAGUUCAUCAGAUGCUGGCUUCAGUUGAAUGUUAUGGUCAAGAUGCUGACCUUGGAGGCAUUGUUCCCAUGUCACCCCCACGCUUUUACUCUGCGGAGUCAGGUCAGCUGGAAGUGAGAGAGCCGAGGGAACCAAAGCCUAAAGCAAAAGCUCCAAAGCCGGAGCCUGAGAAAGCUGACAGACAAGAGUCUUUAUCCUCUAGUCAACAUGCUGUGGAGCCUGAAGAAGGUUCUUCAAGCGAUGCUGAUCCAGAUAUUGUGACAGAUGCUCAACUGGUUGAGCAUAUGCAAACUGUUGACUUCUCACACCUUCGCCAGUUUGAAUGCACAUCCAAGAAAAAGCGUGGCAAAAAGAAAAAGGGUGUGACAAAAGACAACAAUGCUGAAGCUGAGUCUGCAGUGUUAGAUGAGGAUAGAAUGAAAUGGAGAAACAGACUUUUCACAGCCUGCAAGACAGGGGAUGUUGACGCUCUUCUAUCCGCAUUGACUGCCAUGAAGGACUCUCAAACUCUUAAAGAAAAGCUGACAGACUCAUCUCCUGAGUCAUGUGUGACUUUUGAGCAACAAAGCCUCUCGGAUACUUCCUCUACCAUUUUGUCACAAGGUCUGCAGAGUUCAAAUAGUACAUCCAUCGCUUCAGUUGAAGAUAGUAAGAAUGUUGAGAAUGUUGAUGGAGAAACAAGUUUGCACCCUGAUAAAGAUGCCACAUCACCAAGAGAUGACGGGUCCAGUUUUGAUGCCACUCAAAAUUCUGAUAUCACAACAGACAUGUUGAACAGCCCAGUUGGUGACAGUAAGAUGACAUUCCUUCACCUGGCUGCUAGAGAAGGUCAUGCAGAAAUCAUUACGACCCUUUUGACUUCCGGGGCAGACCCAACAAUCAAGGAUGGCUCUGGUAAACUGCCAUACAACGUGGGUGAGACAGAAGUAAGAAAUGCUUUCAGAAGGUUCAUGGCUGCCUUCCCUACAAGAUAUGACUACGCAAAAGCUCAGGUUCCUAGUCCAUUAACUCCAGAGAUGGAAAAUGAGAAAAAAAUCAAAAUGGCAGAGAAGAGAAAACAGAAGAAAAAAGCAGCUGCUGAAAGAAACAAGGAGAAAAAAGCUGUUGAAGCUCAGACGAGAGCUGAAAAUCAAGAGAAAGAGCGAUAUCUGGCAUUGUCAGACAGGGAAAAGAGGGCCCUAGCUGCAGAACGGAGGAUCUUACAUCAGCGCAAUGAACAGGGCAAAGACAGACCUGUGUUGAGUCGAUGUUAUCAAUGUGGAGCAGACAUCACAGGGAAAAUACCCUUUGAGUACUCGGACUAUCAGUUCUGUACCACAAAGUGUCUGCGAGAACAUCGAGGAAAAGCUGCCUCCUGACAAAGAAUAUAACUGACUAGUUUACAGAAAUAAAGAAGUCCACUUUACAAACGUU